AUGGGGGACAUUACUGACAAUGGCGGCCCCCAUGACCCAUUGGAAAACCCACCAAAGAGCUACGCACUGAGUGGCAAAAUCAUGCUAAGCGCAAUAAUCAUCUUAUUCGUCGUUGUGGUCGUCAUGGUAGUCCUCCAUCUCUACGCUCGGUGGUACCUCCUCCGCGCUCAAAGGAGACAAGUCCUUGUCCGCCGACGCCGCAGCCGCAGCCGCGCCCGCCGCCGCGCCAACCUCGUCUUUUACGUCGACAAUCCCAAUUCCACCGCCACUCGCGGCCUUGAACCUUCGGUCCUGAACUUACUUCCAGAGUUCAUCUACUCCCCCAAGACCCACCCGGAAACGCUAGAAUGCGCCGUGUGCUUAUCGGAAUUCGAAGAGAAUGAGAAAGGUCGUCUUUUACCUAAAUGUAACCAUUCUUUUCAUGUAGAUUGUAUUGACAUGUGGUUUCACGCUCACUCCACUUGCCCAAUUUGCCGGUCACUGAUUGAACCGGUUCAGGCCGCCGAAAACAACCGGUCCGAUGUAGUGGUUUCAGUGGGUGAGACUGAACCGGGUUCAAGUUCUGUGUUAUGCCUUGCCUGUCCACACGAGGAGGAAGAGGAACAGAGCGCUUCUACUUCAAUGGAGUCUCGGAGGAAGGUUAAGGACAUGGUGGGUGUGACGAUAGAGGUGCCAAGAAGAAAUCAGUCAGGGGACGAGUUGGGACUGAGUUCACCAGCGAGUCAGGGGUUCAAAUCGCCUGGUGCUCGUUUGUUCUCUCUGAAGAGAAUUAUCAGUAUGAAUAGAAGAGGAUCCGAUACCGGGUCGAGCUCUGGUGGGUCGUCGGUGGGGACUGAGUUGGAUAUAGAGCGGGGAGUAGCGAGUUGA